AACCGGUAACCGGUCGGAUCAGCACAGGCUCGGGGGGCAGCCAAGCGUUCCGUCCUUAUAACUACUACGAGCACUUUACUUGGAUGUCUAGGCCACCUCUGUCUCUAGAUCUCUAGCCUUCGAUUGAACAACAUCUCCUGAAUACCAUCCAAAGAUCUUGAACAAAUCACUUGUCGAACCAGCCGCCAUCCGAGAGCCAUCUUCGCUACGAGCUACAAGUCGAACCAUAGGAACCAAUCCCUACCCCUCACAUAAUUGCAUAUCGACCUUGAACAACAAUCGGACAAGAUGUCGGGUCAGGUCAAGUACGAUGGCCAGGUAGCACUGAUUACCGGAGCAGGUAGCGGUCUCGGACGAUCAUACGCCUUGUACUUCGGAUCGAGGGGCGCCAAGGUGGUCGUCAACGACGUAUCACAAGAAGCCGCUCAGAAGGUCGUCGACGAGAUCAAGCAAGCCGGAGGUCAAGCGAUCGCCGCACCGGGGAGCGUGACCGAAGGUAAACCCAUCGUGGACCAAGCCGUCAAAGCGUUCGGUACUGUACACAUUCUUAUCAACAAUGCUGGGAUUCUCCGUGACAAGUCGAUCAAGAACAUGGACGACAAGGAAUGGGACCUCGUCGUUGCCGUCCACCUGAAGGGGGCUUACGAGAUGACGAAAGCGUGCUGGCCGUUGUUCAGGGGACAGAAGUACGGACGAGUGAUCAACACCUCCUCAGCCGCAGGGUUGUACGGUAACCUAGGUCAGAUCAACUAUUCGGCCUGUAAAGCCGGUCUGAUCGCUUUCACCAUGACUUUGGCCAAGGAGGGUAUCAAGUACAACAUAAAGUCGAAUGUCAUCGCACCUAUCGCCGCCUCAGCCAUGACCGCUACCAUCAUGCCUCCCGAUAUCCUCAAACACCUCACCCCCGAGUUUAUCGCUCCCGUAGUCGGUGUGCUUACAGCUCCCAACGGACCGGACGUGAACGGCCGGAUCUUCGAGCUGGGUGCCGGUUUCGUCUCUGAGAUCAGGCGACAACGGGCAAAGGGUGCCAACUUCAAGCCCGACGAAUCGUUUACCCCUUCGGCGGUCGCUGCCAAGUGGCAGGAGAUCACCGAUUUUUCGUCCGGCUCUGAAUACCCUGUUGGGAUGGAGGGCAAGAACCCUAUGGACCUGCUCAAAGUCAGCAAAUCGCUCAGCUCAAACCCCAAGGGUCCCGAGAUCGACUUCAAGGGCAAGACCGUUAUCAUCACGGGAGCCGGAGCCGGUCUUGGAAGGAUUUACGCCCUGAUGUUCGGAAAGAUGGGCGCCAACGUCGUCGUCAACGAUGUCAGCAAGGAUGGAGCCGAGAGCGUUGUGCAAGAGGUCGUCAAGGCCGGAGGCAAGGCUGUCGCUGCGCCCUUCUCGGCCGAGGACGGCGAGGGGAUUGUCAAGCUUGCGCUCGAAAAGUAUGGCAGUGUCCACGUCUUGAUCGCUAACGCCGGUAUCCUCAGGGACAAGAGUUUCCAAGCCAUGUCCCCUGCCGAGUGGGACGCCGUUAUCGCCGUCCACCUCAAGGGAACCUACAAGUGUAUCAAGGCGGUCUGGCCGAUCUUCCAGAAGCAAAAGUACGGUCGAAUCAUCACAACCGCCUCGGGUGUCGGUCUGUACGGCAACUUUGGACAGGCUAACUACUCGACUGCCAAGUCGGGUAUCAUCGGGAUGACCAAGACUGCUGCCAUCGAGGGAGCGCGUUACAACAUCAAGGCCAACAGUAUCGCUCCGAGCGCUGGGACCGCCAUGACCAAGACCAUCUGGCCUCAAGAGAUGGUCGACAUGUUCAAGCCCGACUUUAUCGCACCGGUCGUAGGUUUCUUGAGUAGCGACGCUUGCCCCGUCAGCGGAUCCGUACACGAGGUCAUGGCCGGAUGGGCUGCCGAAGUCCGAUGGGAGAGGACCGAGGGAUUCUGUUUCCCCAACGACAAGAAGCUCCAACCGGAAGACGUAUUGUCCAAGUGGAAGCAGAUCACCGACUUUAGCAAGGCGACCCACCCCCAGACAGCUCAGGAGGCUCAAGAACAGAUGUUCAAGAACUUUGGAAACGUUUCUGGGUCUAAUUCGGAAUCGACUUCCAAGUCGAGCGGUGGUGGAGAGGACACCGAGGCCAUCAAGAAGGCCAAGGCUCGCAAGGGCGAAGAGACGGAGUACACCUUUGACGAGAGGGACGUCAUGCUCUACAACCUCGGUAUCGGGGCCAAGGCUAGCGAGCUUCCUCUGGUCUUCGAGGGGGCCGAUGGCUUCCAGGCUCUCCCUACUUUCGGAGUCAUCCCUCAGUUUGGCGCAACAAGCGGGAUGAGCUACGACUUUGUUCCCAAUUUCAACCCGGCCAAGCUGUUACAUGGAGAACAGUACCUAAAGAUUCACGGACCGAUUCCUACUUCUGGUACCCUCGUGAACCGACCCAAGCUGCUCGAGGUCCUCGACAAGGGCAAAGCUGCAAACGUGACGAGCGUGGUAGAGACGGUCGAUAAGGUCACCGGCAAGGUUGUCUUCACCAACCAGGGUACCGUGGUUCUCCGAGGUUGUGGUGGGUUCGGCGGGCAGAAGACUGGUGCCGAUCGAGGACCCGCAUCUGCUGCCAACAACCCACCCAAGCGAAAGCCGGAUGCCGUCGUCGAGGAGAAGACAACCGACGAGCAGGCUGCCAUCUACAGGCUCUCUGGUGAUCGCAACCCGCUGCAUAUCGACCCCGCCUUCUCCGCUAUGGGCGGUUUCAAGAAGCCGAUCCUGCACGGUCUCUGCUUCAUGGGUAUCGCAGGUAAACACGUCCUGCAAACCUUUGGCCCUUACUCGGACAUCAAGGUUCGAUUCGCCGGAUCCGUCAUCCCCGGCGAGACUCUGGUAACAGAGAUGUGGAAAGAGGGUAACAAGGUCAUCUUCACCACCAAGGUCAAGGAGACCGGUGCACCCGCUUUGAGCGCCGCCGCCGUGACGCUUGUCAACGAAGCUCCGCCUGUCAAGGCCAAACUCUGAUCGAUAUAUAUCUCCGUACCGGGCUAUAUGAUUAUUACCUGAACUCCGAAACGUUGUACAGACUCAAUCCUAGAACCUAAAACAAGGUCGUUGUUCUUGAAACCAUGUUGUCGCUUGCAUUCCUCCUGUUUCCGUCUGGUCGAUUUGUUCCUCUCCGGCCGUUCUCGCCUAGUUUGUCUCAAACGUUGUAGACAGCUCGGUUGUCGGCUCGAUACAUGUGGCGUCCUGUAAACCUCGGCCCACCGACGCAUAGGCU